GAGUAGUCACGAAUGGGUGUUAUUUGUUGUGUUUUCUCCUACUGAAUAAGUCCUCGCGUCUUACAAGAGCGCACUUGACAACACAACGACACCGAUAAUACUAACGAGUACCUUCGUGACCUGUAAAGUAAUAGCCGGUCCGACGUUUGAGAGAAAGCCGCCAAACGAACACGGAAGUGAGUAGGAAGCAGUUCUCUCUUCCGCGUCCUCAUCUCUUGUGUCCUUAGUGUCAUGAUCGCCGCAGCUCCAUGGCCACAUAUUAUAACUAGACAGUGCAUCGGUCACGACGAGCUCAAGGUUGACAAAUGUGACGAGUGACUAGUGAAGGAGCUGCUGGUGCAUCAUGGGAAACGCACCAUCUAAAGCUGACUGUGGAGAUGAGCCACCAAAGACAACUUUAUUUGAAAAGGAGCCAGAUGGCAUCACCUACAGAAUCCCUGCUCUCAUCUAUCUGGUGCACAGUAGUACCUUCCUUGCCUUUGCAGAGAAAAGAUCUUCUUCUCGUGACAGUGAUGCCAAACUUAUUGUCAUGAGAAGAGGGGUGCAGAAUGCUGACGGAUCUGUUCAGUGGCUGUCGAGCGAGGAGCUGUCAACAGCAUGCCUGCCGCUCCACCGCACCAUGAAUCCUUGCCCAGUGUUUGAGAAAAACACCAGCACCUUGUUUUUAUUCUUCGUCUGCAUCCUGGGCCACACCACUGAGCACAGGCAGAUCAUCACAGGUAAGAAUAAAACGCGCCUUUGCUACGUCAGCAGCGGUGACGACGGCCGUACCUGGAGCGAGGCCAAGGACCUCACGGAGAGCGUGAUCGGACAAGAUAUCGGCAAGUGGGCCACGUUUGCGGUCGGCCCCGGUCACGGCGUCCAACUGGAGAACGGGAGGUUGAUCAUCCCAGCGUACGCCUACUACAUUCCGUAUAGGUGCUUCUCCUUCCCUGUUCCUCACACCGUCUGCCCACGGGCGCUGACCAUCUACAGCGCAGACUUUGGCAAGACUUGGCACAUUGGCAAGAUGCUGCGCAAAAAGUCAUGCGAGUGCGAGAUGGCGGAGAUCAUCGAUCACGAGGGCAGAAGUCACCUCUACUGCAACGCUCGCAACUUCGGAGGCCACCGACGUGAGGCGCUCAGCGAAAACAGCGGCGUCUGCUUUGACAAACCCCGCACGGCCCGAGAGCUGGUGGAGCAGCCAAGAGGCUGUCAAGGCAGCGUCGUCGGCUUCCCCGCGCCAGAGUUCAUCCCCUGCGAGGACGCAGAGAACAAAGCGUGUGACACGUUGUCCCCGGACACCCAAACAUGGCUCCUCUUCAUGCACCCCACCAGCAAGCGCACUAGACGGGACAUGGGCGUCUACCUGAACAGAUCCCCCCUGCAUUCCAGGGGGUGGGACCGGCCCAGGAUCCUCCACUGCGGGCCCAGCGGGUACUCAGACCUGGCCUACGACCCGGACAAAGACCAGUUCUCGUGCCUGAUGGAAUGCGGAAAGAUAAGCGAACUGGAGCAGAUUGCGUUUGUGUCGUUCACGCUCAAAGAUGUCAUGCAGACAAACAGGAAAAACAACAACAAGAUGUGCUGAAUAACAUAUCCCAGCAUGAAAGAGGCUAGGCUAACAUCUCUGUGUUUACUAGUGUUCCUCUCAUGCAUGCAGGAUGUUUACUUCUUUACUUCAGCUAAGGAUCUCUUCAAAUGGUGGCCAGGGGCAUGUCUAUUUUUACAAUACCGAUAUUACUUUUAUUAAAGUAGUACAACUAUUUAGAUAGGGGUUGUUAUGACAGUGUGAAGACAAACAAACACAUGGAAUUGAAUUAGGCUUCGUUACAUAGAAAUAUGAUCAGAGUUUGAUUCUUGCCGGGGCGACACAUUCAUUAACAGACGGAUCAGGUCACAUGAUGCCAGAACACUGCCGUUAAGUUGAAAACAUUGAAUACAUUUUUGUAUUGUACAUUUUUUUAUAGACACUGUAAAAAAUUACAUUGACACAUUUUAAACAUGCACAUAGAAGGGUAGAGUAUAUUUUGUGUAUUUAAUGUCAGUUUUUAGAUUUUCCCCUCACGUCCAUCUUUUUCAGUGACGGUUCAUUGAUCUAUUUUUUUUGGGUCAUCGUUUUUCAUUUUGACUUCCUCGUUUUCAUUUCACAUUGAAAGUGAAAGAGAAUGACACUGACCAACAACAAAAAAAUCAAAUAGCUCUUACUGAAAAAAGGUGUACAUUAAAGUGAUUGUUUUUUGCAACUUGCAACUGCCAAAAAUCAUUAACUGACCACAAAAAAAAAAUCUUGUGCUUCUGUGUGACACAUACGAGCGUAGUUUACAUGCUCAAAGCCAGAAGAGGGCAGGAUAUAAUGCUCAAAAUCCGUAAAACCGACAUUUUAAAAAAACACCUCAAACUAUAAAAAAGUACUUAUUUCUUUAAUGCCCAUGUUUAAUUUUUCUGUGCCAAUACAUCUAUAUCUGGAUCUUUUGUUUCAAUGUCAACAUUUAUUUUCAAUGCGAAAACUAAAUGGCUGUAUUUUAAACAUGCAUGUGUCAAACAAACUUAUGUAGACCCUGGGGCCGCCCGUGUCUAAAAUUGGGGCCCAAGGCAUGAUUUUGUUUAGAGUCCCCCUUACAUCUUUCACACUUUACAUGUUAAACUAUUUUCAUACUUUCUUUUAAUGGAUAUUGAUUUGAAUUUGAUGCAUGUUUUGUACUAAAACUAAUUUAUGGGAAAUCAAUUGUUCAGUAAUUUAUUUUUUGGUGCCAAAUAACAGAAUUUGCAAACCUUCUUUACCCAGGACAACUAUUUUACAAGACCAACACUAAUGCUGUGCACUACAGGGGACAGUGACAAUCAGUGACGGUGCAGGAAGGGUCAAGGAAUUUGUUUAAAAUUAAAUUUGGACGGAUGGCGUGGCCCUACUCACAGCGUGUAAUCUCCGUAUAAGAAGGCUAUAGACUAUUAAAUAUGGUUUAGAUAUGGUACACUAGAUGUCCACGGCCAUGAAAUAAGGAAAACAAACUCUGUAUGUACCAGAAAAAUACCAAUCUUAAUUUAAACCAAUGAGGGUAAGAGUGCCAACUAGAUGUACUAUUUGAACGUUGAGUUAUUAUUGUUUACCUGUGUGUUGAUCAUUGUGUGGUAGUUUAGGCUUGCACUUGCUGCAUGGCAGUGAGAGCAUGCCGAUGUGUGCUUUUUUUUGGCCAUACUUAAUGAAUAUUUAUUUAAUUUUCAUUGAUAUCUAUGAGCAGACACCCAGCCACUAUUUGAGGAUGUACCAAAGUGAGUAAUGAAAGGACUAAUUUGAAGCAUGCUGCUGCAUCAUUAACCAGCUUAGUGUGUUCGUGUGUAGCAUGCUUGACAAGUGCUCCUUACCACUCCCUUCAUCUGCUCUCUUUUUAUCGUGUCAGAGGUAUUUCCAACAUCUUUUUCUUUUUCUUUAAUCAAAAAGGGUAUCAUGUCCCUUGGCACCAUAUUUUCUCUAAUGCCAAAUGUGACACAAUCAUUAUACCGGAGAAUAGAACCGAUUGUUGUCUAUUUGCCACAGCCAAAUAGUCAAUGAGGGGCCAAAUAUAAAAAAAAUAAUAUUAAUACUUGUGCUUAUGAUGUACCUUUUCAUGUAGGCCUAUUAGCAGGUAAUACUUUUGUCACAAGAGUGUUCUAGGAAAUCACACAAUGUUUUGAGGAUUAAGCAUUUUCCCGCAAAAUGAGGGAAUCAGUUUUAAAAUUGCAAAACUACAAAGCCUAUGAUGAACUGUUUUUGUAGUGAACAAUGCCUAUUUAGCGAAAGGCCAUAUUAUUUUCAAGAAAUGUAACACAGUCUUUUUCAAGCAAACCCAAUACAUUAUGGAGAUGUUCUACUUUUGGGCAAUAUACUACUAAAUUCUGAUGAGCGAAGGAGAAUGGUUAUUUGAUUUUAGUAUUUUUUAACAUUUGCCUAAAGUGGUUCUUCAACCAUGUCAAUAUUGUUUGUUGUUGCAUUACUUUUUUGUAGAAAAUAAAAGUAAUAUCAUCCUUUUUUAAAAACUCUCCAAUGUGUACAAGUACAAUUACAACUAACUAAAUAAAAUUAUAUUGUAUGACAGAGAGCUCCGAUAUAUAUUUUUUCCUGGCCCCAGACUGUGCACCCCCCACACCCUCGUAGGAGCUUAGUCUGGGAUUGACUCUUAAAUUGUUUUAUUUUUUUUAACUCAUCCCAUCCCAACGCCUGCGUGGCGACCCAUCAGCGUUUCUGUUCUGUCACCUUGUACAACGUGUCUGCUCUUGAACGGGUUUGUGCUGAAAAUGACAUUUUGUUUCACUUGUGCAAUGGCAUUAAAGUUCCUUCCUGAAUAAUAAGAUAUUUGGUGAAGUUUUUACAAAAAUUACUCAAAUAAAUGCAUAAAUGCUGAGUAUACUUCAAGACGGAUUUGACCUUUGACCUACUGUACCUUUUCAAUCUCCUCAUUGUCUUGCUUAACUGGAAAUGUUCGUUUGUUUAAAAGGUGUGUCCAUAACACUAUUUAUAAAGCACUCUUCAUUGUUAGGCUUUGUUAGUGAACAAAUGAAAUCUUACAUGGGUUAUUUUUCCACUUUCGGUUUUACCCUGUCAUACAGUACAUGGAGCUAUAACAACGAGGCUGUCAAGGGGUGAGAUGUCUCCAUGGUAUUAAACUGGUUUGGAGAAAUGUGUGUGUUCAAGUUAAAAAACACAGCACUUAACAUAACAUACAUUUCACAUUACAAUUGUGUGUUCAAGGACAGGCCGAACAAAGCGUGAAAUCUCAACGCUCGAUGAAAAACACGGUUACGGGGGGGCAAAAAAACAACAAACUGUGGACUUUCUAACAGUCGCCUUUAAGAAUUUCCCUACCAACCAUAACAAAACAUUUGAUCACUUGCACUGCGGUGUUUGAAAGCCCUUAGCAAAUAAAACAUUCAUAUAAGAGCUGUCAAAUGCAGAUGGAUUUCUUGCAAACAACUUUUUUCCUUCAUCUUUGGCCAUUACCAGGAUAAUGGCACUAUAUCUGAAUUAUUGCGGUCACAUUAUGGUGUUGGGGCAACAUUGCUCAAAAACAAAUAAAACAUUUUUGAGGCUUUU